ACAUACGAUUUCGUUUUCUUUGAUCUGAUGUUUCAGAUUCAAUGGUUUUGUUAGAUUCUUUGUUUGUUAGAUUAUCGUACGUGAUUGAUGUUAUUGUGGUAUUGAUUCGUGAUUUCGUGGUUUUGAUUUCAUUAGAUUCAUGUGUUAAUUUGGGGGAAAAUGAAGUGGUGUGUGUGAUUUGAUUUGAGUUUUGAGUGAAAUCAGAAAUGUAAUGUGAGUUUUGUUUAUGAAUUGGUGAUUUUAUUUAUUUUUUUAUUUAUUUUUGUGAUUUGAUUAGAGUUUUUGAGUGAAAUCUGAUAUAUGAAAGUAACUUUUUAGUCGGUUACGGUUGCAUGAAUUUGUGGUUAAUCAUCCACUGUUCGUGAAGUUUGGUAAUGUGGUGAUGAUCACGAAGACGAACCUCGUGACGUACCGUGGACCGACUAUGGUGGCGAAUAUGCUUCACGCGGCGGCGAUGUUGUUGAGAGAUGGUGGAGAUUGGGACUGGUUUAUUAAUUUGAGUGCUUCUGAUUAUCCACUGGUCACUCAAGACGAUCUGAUUUAUGUGUUCUCUUCGUUACCGAGGGAUGUUAAUUUUAUUGAUCAUACGAGUAAUAUUGGAUGGAAAGAGUUUCAAAGAGCGAAGCCUGUGAUUGUGGAUCCUGGGUUGUAUAUGAGUGAAAAGAGUGAUGUGUUUUGGAUAACACAGAGGAGGAGUGUGCCAACAGCUUUUAAAUUGUUUACAGGUUGCAAAGCUAGAGGAUUUAAUUACAGGUGCCAUUUCAAGGUAUAUUGAUGUUUAUCUUCUAAAGCAAUUUAACCGAAC